AUGGCGGCCGCGGAAACUUGUGAUAUGUGCUGGCGGGAGAAAAACCAAACAGAAACAAGUUUCUGUCGAGGCAAAGAGACAAAACGUGUCGUUUAACAAUGAAAGACAGGACCUUCGAAGAAAAUGGAAAGAAUCGUGCCAUUGCAGACAUCUUCACACCAAAAAGCCAUGCAGGUGCCUCGCCAGGCCGCUGCCGCUCAGGAGGCGCGACCCACGCCGGACGGCCCCCUCUCCUGCCAUGAUAGAAUGAUGAAUAACCUCAGGCAGUACUUCUCCUCGGCGGUGAAACGGGUCACCCCCCUGAGUAAACCUCGACAUCUCAGCAUCGAUGGCGGCCACACGGCGCUCCCUGCACCGGCACCUUCCUCCCGGGAGACGCCAGUGAAGCCUGGAAGCCUCCAGAAGCUGCUAAACCCCCCCACCAAACGGGCUCUGCCCCUCAGAACCCCCGAAAUGGAGCCAAAGGGCCGGGUGCCCAUCCCGAGCCCCCCAGGCCUAGGUUUUGUUGGAGGAGAGGCCCGGGACGGUGUCCCCACCCCCAGGGUGCUUGUUAAGAGAGUCCCAUACCACUCAGCCCCUGUCCCCUCCCACAAGGACCGCAAGGACAACUCUGCUUCGCCCGUCUGUGCCAAAGCAGUGCCCCCUCUGUCCAGAGAGGGUGCUGUUCUCAGGGAGAUGGGCUUGAGGAGGAGCCUGCAGGAGGAAAGUGACGCCCUUCACAGGGAUGUCCCCUCCCAGCAGAGGAGGAAUUCCUUACCCCCAAAGAUGCCCCCCAAAGCCGGUCCCCACAACACCCCAUACUCCACUCUGCACAAGAGACCUGGGAGCCCGGACAGCUUUGGAAAAAGGGAGGGGAAGUUGAAGGAGAGUCACGAAGCAACCAGUCAUGGCCCAGCCUCGCCUCACAGCCCGGUGAAUGGAUUUUAUGAAUCCAAGAGGCUGCUGCCUUCUCUGGGGACUGCCCCAGCAGGGGGCAGUAGCCCAGUGCUGGGUUACAGCUCUGUGAAGAGGAAGGGGGACCAGCUGGAGGACAGGAGAGGGGGGAAAAGGCCUUGCUCUGAGGGCUUGGGAUUGGCCUCCAGUGGCAUUGAACGCAAGCUGGCCUCACCCCUAGUCCAGCACACCCCAUCAAGGUCUAGCGAUGGGGUCAGGUGGAACCCAGAAGAGGGGCUCGCCCCCAAAGAUGACCCUCUGAGGUUACAUGCUGAUGGCUUGCUGCCCGUCCCUGCCGGGCCCCUGAGGCCGCGCCUCGCCCACGACCGGGGCCUGGUGGCUAGCAGGGAGGUGAAGGAGAACCUUAAGCUCUCCUUCGGGAGCCCUGCUCAGCAGAGCCCCCUUCCCCACAGAGAGGAGUCAAGGGAUGCCCCAUGUGGUCAGGCGCCCCACUCGCUGCCCCCAGAGCGGCGAGCCCGGAGACAGCUGGAUGUGGGCUCUGUGAACAGCCCCCCCAGGCUGGGCUCCCGCAUGGACCAAUCGGAGAGAGAAGAGAAACCCUCACCAGCCAAUAUGGACACGUCAUUGGGCGCGGUUUCUCCCACUAAAGCAGACAUACCGUUUCCCUUUUCUCAGGACCCAGAAAACCCUUCCUCCUCCACAGUCAGGUUAGCAGCGGGUACAGAUGACCCCGGUAAGAGUGUGUUCGGCUUUAAAGGGAGUCCGCAGGGACACUGCCCACCCCCGGACAGACGGCCUAGUGCUGGGGGGGACGGGGACCUGGAGCUGAGCCUGGGGGACCUUGAGGUCAGCAGCAGCAGUGACAGCGAAAGUGAAGAUGAGCCACUGCUCUCCCUGCAGGAGAUCUUAAGCCGAAGCAUCCACCCCCCAGCCACGCCCAAAAAGGAGGCCUUCUCAGAGCCCAGCACGCCUGACCACAAGCCACACCCUGUGACGGGCAAAAGCAAACCGGUGAACUACAAGAACACCCUGGAGCAAAUGCUGAAAGAGAAGGAGCAGAACCAGAGGCUGAAGGAGGCCGAGAUGAAGCUGCUGGUGUCCUGCAAGGAGGACCUGCUGAAACUGGCCAAGGAGGAGGAGGACAGCGAGGGGAACGUGCCCGAUGACAUGUCGCACGAGCACAGGGCGAUCCUGCAGAGGUAUUCAAUCGUGUCCAGCGCCAUCCCAGAUGUGCACCCGGGAGAGGAGGUGUUUGUGCUUUCCAGCUUUGGCCGGCUCUUCAGUCAGCACAGCCUGGACCUCAGGAAGUGUAGCGUGACCCCACAGAACAGCGCCCAGACGACCCUGCUACAGGCCAGGCCAGACGAGCUGCUCUACCUGAUCAGCUCAGGGCUGCUGCUCAAGGCGUUCCGCUGCUCACCCUGUCACCCCUCAGUGACCCGCUGGCUCUUCCAGAUGAUGUCAGUGCACCCGGACCGAAGGAUAUCCACACAGAUCCUACGCUCGCUGAAGGACAUUGCUCUAAUCGCUGCUGAACAGAUAGUCCUGAACAAGAGCAGAAAGUUUGAGGUGUGGACGCCCAGCGUUCAGGACAUCACCCUCGUCUUCCUCAACAUGGGGGUCCCCUUCGUCACCCUCUUCCCCCUGGAAGCACUCCAGCCCCCCUUCACUGAAGGGGACAUUUUGCAAGGCAUAAACUGCUCAGAGGACGGUGUGGGCAGAGGCGAGCACAAGAGUGGCUCUUUUCCAGAGCACAACUUUGAGAACGUCAUCAAGUACCUGGCUCUGUGCGCCGCACUCUGCCCGCGGGCCUACAGCGACCGCGAGCUGUUGCUGCUGCUGACGCUGGUGUGCCGGCUCAGCCUGGAGACGCACCUGCGGCUGCUGCCCGUGGAGGACCUGCACCUGCUGCUGCACCACCUGGUCACCAGCGUCAGGGACUGGGACACUCAGCUGCCUUGUAUUUGCCUGGCGUUGACUGACCUGACAGAGGAUCACCACAACCUUCGCCGCCUGGUCCAGCUGCUGCCGGACCACAAACGUGGAAGGCAACUCAGGAAACAUCUCAGCAUGUCAAUAAUCUCCAAACUGUUAAAUCACAGGUGCACAUACAAGCCCACAAAUACUGAAUUUCAGCUCUCAUCUCUGCGGCGAUACCUGCCCCGCAUGAGGCCAUCAUCCCUGCUGUCAGCCUUCUUCUCUGGGAGGAAUGCUGAGCGUCGCGGUGAAGAGGAAGACCGCUCUCUCUCUCAGGACCAGCAGGCUUAUUACCUCUGCUAUAGCCUCUUGGCUUUGGUAAACGAGGCAUCAAAUUUUGAGCCUUUUCCCUCAAACCAAAAGGAGCAGCUGCAGCUGCUUUCCGCCGAACUGGAAAAGCACAUCAAAUGUGACAUUCGGGAGAGUGACAAAUGUCUCUACAGAAGCAAGGUAAAGGACUUUGUUGCCAGGAUCUACACCAAAUGGCAGGUGCUCCUCUCCAAGUCCAGGCCUCUGCAGGGGAAACUGCACGAUUACUGGCAGCCCCUCCCUGAGGAUAGAGUGACCAGCAGCCAGGAGAGCGUGGGGACAGAGGAUCAGGGGGAGGAGGAGGAGGAGGAGGAGCCGGUGAUGGACAAGGUGGACGCUGAGGACACGGCGGACACCACGGCCGAUGUACCUGCUGCACCGGAGCCAGACCCAGGUGGCAUCUCUUAGGACAAGAAAA